AUGUCUACCAUCAUGGUCCACAGCAAAUUCCUGUACAACAGUCUCAACCAAUUCAGAACCACAUACCACAAUUUACUCAGCAAGUGCAAUAUGCAUAUCAACCACAACAACAACAUGCAAAACAACCUGAACAUCAGCCCACAGCAAUUCAGUUCCAACAUCUGCAUCCAAUCCAGAACCACAUGCAGCAGUUCAAUCCACAAGUUCAUAUGCAUAUCAGCCAAAGCAACAUUCACAACAAGCAACACCACCACAAUGUAUGCCACAACAGGCACCACUGCCACAAGCAAGAUAUCCGCAACAUCAGUACCAGCAACCACAAGCAUACCAGGUACCUCAGCAAGAACAAACACAUGUAUAUCAACAGCAACAAGUACAUCCACAACCCCAACAGCAACAAACAUUCUGAGAGCACACAUACCUCAACAGCAACAACAAAUGGAUAGGCAGCAACAAUCACAUACACCAGCAAAUGUUCCAGAUGUGCCAAUUCAACCACAGUUACCAGUACCAAACCCUCAACAACCACAUCCACCACCUCAAAACAUCAAGGCAUAG